CCGACGACGCCGCCGCCGAUGCCGUGUCCGCUCGUCGCCGCUGCCAACGAGGCUGCAUCCGCUCGUCGCCACCGCUGCCGCCGACGAUGCCGCGUCCGCUCGUCGCCGCCGACGAGGCAGCAUCCGACCGCUCAUCGCCGACAAGAACCCCGGCGUCCGCUCAUCGCCUCGCCCGUCGCCGAUGCCGCGUUCGCUCAUCGCCUCCGCCACCGCCGAUGCCGCGUCCGCUCGUCACCUCCCCAGCUGCCACCACCGCCGCCGCGUUCGCUCGUCGUCACCGCGCCGCCGCGUGGUGGUGGAGCGGGAGGGAGGUGCGGGGAGGAGCGGGAGAAGGCCGAGGGGUACAGGAGAGAGAUGGGGGAGAACCGUCUGGGAGGGGAUGGCGGAAAAAAAUCUGGUGCAGACCGGAUGCAAAACAGCAGUCCGUGCGCCCCGACGCGGAUGCAUGACGCGUGGAUGAGGCGCUCAUCCGACGGCCGGCCCACACAAGCGGGUCCGCAUCCUGCACGGCUCGACUCAGGUCGUUCUCCCUCAGCUCGGCUUGCGCGGCUCAGGAUUAGAUUGGGUAGGGCGUGAUUAGAGGCGGACGAUUAGAGCAAAACAGAUUCGCUACAUGGCAGGACGAGGAGUCCAGCAGAAGAGCACAGGCGCCGCCGAGCUUCUGGUGCCGUCGUCUCAUCUGAUGCAACCUUUGCCUGCCGUAGCGCACGACAUGGCAGGACAAUCUUCACAUGAACACGAUGUAAUCGUUGGGGAUCAUGGAGCCGAUGGCAAGCAGAGAACGCAGAUCUCCGAGUUUAUGACCAUGGAAGAAGAUGUUGCCGGCGCUAUCGAUGCCAACGCUAAUGGUGAUGACAACACACUAUGUCGCAUAGUACUUGAAGAGAUGGCAGAUAAAGCACCAAAUCAGGCCAAUGAUAAAGUUGCACAAACUUUGAUCUUGCCUCAAGUUGGAAUGGCUUUUGAUUCAGAGCAGAAAGUGUAUGAUAUGUACAACACCUAUGCCGGGAAGAUUGGGUUCAGUAUUAGAAAGAGCCAAGCAAAGCACCGAGUCGAUGGAACUAUAUACCAGAAAUAUAUAGUUUGUAGUAACCAAGGACAACGACAGACUAAGUCAUCACUAGACACUACUAGGACGAGUUGUGAUGCUUGUGUUCAGUUUAGUAUUUGUCGAAAGGGAAUUUGGACAGUGCAAAAAGUUGUACUUGAACACAACCAUUGUCUUGUUAGUCCAAAUAAGUCGCACAAGGUGAGGUCCCAACGGCGUGUUAUAGAAGCAGAUAGGCAGCUAAUUGGCCAAAUAAGGGAAGCCGGGAUGAAACCAGCGCAAGUGUAUGAGUUCAUGAAGGAGUGGUAUGGAGGAGCUGACAAAGUACCAUUCUCAAAGAUGGAUUGCAAUAAUGAGAUCGGUCGCGAACGCAAGAAGUACUUAGAAUCCAAUGACACACAAACAUUGUUGGAAUAGUUGAAGAAUAAGCAAUUAGAGGAUCCUACAUUUUUUUACGCCAUCCAAAUAGACAAGGAAGAUGGUCGGAUAGCUAAUUUCUUUUGGGCAGAUGGUCAAUCUAUCAUGGAUUACUCCUGUUUUGGUGAUGCUGUGUCAUUCGACACCACAUUUGAUACUAAUAAGUUUGAAAUGCCUUUUGCUCCACUCCUUGGAACCAACCAUCACAAGCAGACUGUAAUUUUUGGUGCUGCGUUGUUAUUUAAUCAAACUAUUGAAUCAUUUGUUUAGCUCUUUGAAACUUUUCUAACAUCAAUGUCAGGAAAGCAUCCAAGCACAAUUUUCACUGAUCAAGACGCGGCCAUGGCAGCAGCAAUUGCUUUAGUAUUCCCAAACACAAGACACCGUCUUUGUUUGUGGCACAUUUAUCUAAAUGGUGGUAAAAAUCUUGGUCAUGUCAUUCAUAAGCAUCCUAACAAGUUUCUAACUGAUUUUAAGAAAUGUGUCUAUGAGGAGAAAGCGGAGUAUCAUUUCAACAAGAUGUGGCAUGAAUUGUUGAGUGAAUACAAGCUUGAGGAUAACGUAUGGAUGUCAAAUCUAUAUAGGUUGAAGGAAAGUGGGCUAUUGUCUUUCGUGACUCUUUUACAGCUGAUAUGACCUCGACUCAAAGGAGCGAAGGUAUGAAUAAUGUCUUCAAGAAAAGAUUUCGUAGGAAACUUGGUCUUUCUGAGCUCCUUGUAGAAUGUGAUAAGGUUGCUGCCAGUCUUCGUGAAAAUGAGUUGGAUGCAGAUUUUAAGUCAAGAAACUCGAGCCCCGUUACUUGCAUCCCAAAUUUACCUAUGUUGAAGACCGCAGCUGACUCAUAUACAAGGAAGAUGUAUUCAGAGUUUGAAGAGGAGUUUACAAAACAAUUUUCAUUGUCAUGUAAGUUGUUGCAAACUGAGGGAUCAAUAUUGACAUUCAUGGUUAUGCCCAUGGAAUCAGAUCAGGAAGCAACAAUUGUGUAUAACACUGCGGAUAUGACCAUUACAUGUUCUUGCAGAACGUACGAGUCCAUUGGUAUACUGUGCAAGCAUGCCCUCAGAGUCUUCAAUAUGAAUGAAGUUUUCACUAUGCCAUCUCAAUAUAUACUCAACAGGUGGACAAAAUAUGCGAAAAAAGGAUUUAAUAUUGAUAAACAAGGAAGUGAGAAGGAAACUUUGAAAACACAUGCUGCACGUAUCUCUCGAAAGGCAACAUCCAUCGCUUUGAAAUGUUCAGUUUCGAAAGAACUUCUUGAUGAUUUGGAGAAAGCCAUAAAUAAUUUGGACUUGGAGGCAGAUAGUUCUCUAAGCAAGAUGCAAGAAAAAACAUGUGAGGUUCCUCUAAAUUCAAAUGACUGUGUUAUGGACACAUUAAAUGGUGCAAUAUCAAUUAGAGUUCCUCGAGUGGUCAAAGGCCCAAAGAGUAGACGAUCAAAAGAUGCAGUUGAAAAGAAGAAACGGAAGAAAACAAAAACUGCUAAGAAUAAAGGAGAAGAUCUAAAUAAUGCAUCAGAAGAUGAAGAUGAAGAUGUUGGUGAUGUGUGUGGGCAAUCUUCGACCAUGGCUGCAAAUGAUGUGUGUGGGCAAUCCUCGACCAUGGCUGCAUAUGAUGUGUAUGGGCAAUCCUCGACAAUGGCUGCAUAUGAUGGGUUUGGGCAAUCCUCGACCAUGGAUGCUCCUUUAAUCCAAGGCGGAUUUACAAGUCUUUUAUUUGGAGUUCAGCGAGAUUCAGCCAUGGCUGCUAGAAAGUUACAUUUCAAUUAAUAGCAUUUGGCUCAACCUACAAUGAGUAGGCUUUUUUUGAAUAGAUUUUGGUGUAUCCAUGAACCUGUACUCUUUUACCGUGUUGCACUAUAUUUUAUUUUCAUUUUGCAUUGUGUUACACUAAACUAUCAUUGACGUUGUCAGUUCUAUCCAUAAAUUUGGUAGCUAUGUAUGAUAUAUGAAUUAUCUACAUUGUUUCUGAAA